CCCUCCCUUGUCCUUGUUCAAAAGAGAAACUUGUGCGUGUAAACUGCUCACUCCCAAGGAGACCAGGAGACUAGGCUGCCGGUGAAAGGGGAGAGGGUCUGCGGGUGCGGGAGAGGAUCGCAAAUCCUGCUCCAGCUCUCACCCCGCCCACCCCCACCUCCACCCCAACCCCAGGCCAUUUUCUAGCGGAGGGUGGGCCCCGGAGACAAACUAUCGCUUGGGGACAUUUGGGCCAGGCACACAAGGAGGAGUCGCCAGGGGUCUGGGUAGCUGGCGCUGGGAACGGGUUUUUGGGACGACACUCCGAAAGUGAGUCCAGCUGGGGAAAGAAAUUGCGGGCCCCUUGGGAGUUCCAGCUGUAGAGGAGGUGGGCCGGGAGAAAACUUUUCUUGGAAGGUAGAGGCCAAACUUUGCUGGGGCAGCGAGGGGCCGCGCUGAGCAGGAAGAUCGACUGGUCGGUGCCGCGGGAGGGCGCAGGGCGCAGGCCGGCUGGGGAGGGGGCCGGGGCGCGAGGCGGAGUCCGGGCCUGCCCUCAAGCUGGUGGGGGGCCCCCGACGGGCUGCACAUUCCCUCCGACUCCCGGGAUCCGCGGCAGGACCGGCCAGGAGGCGCCAUGGAGGGGAGUCCCAUCCCGGUGCUGACGGUGCCCACGGCGCCCUACGAGGACCAGCGGCCAACCGGCGGCGGGGGGCUGAGGCGGCCCACGGGUCUCUUCGAGGGCCAGCGCAACUACCUGCCCAACUUCAUCCAGAGUGUGCUGUCAUCCAUCGACCUGCGCGAUCGCCAGGGCUGCACCAUGGUGGUGGGCAGUGACGGCAGGUACUUCAGCCGGACGGCCACCGAGAUCGUGGUGCAGAUGGCCGCGGCCAACGGGAUUGGACGACUGAUUAUUGGACAGAAUGGCAUCUUGUCAACACCUGCUGUUUCCUGCAUUAUCAGAAAGAUCAAGGCAGCUGGCGGCAUCAUCCUAACAGCCAGCCAUUGCCCUGGAGGACCAGGGGGGGAAUUUGGAGUGAAGUUUAAUGUUGCCAAUGGAGGUCCUGCGCCAGAUGUUGUCUCAGACAAAAUCUAUCAGAUCAGCAAAACAAUUGAGGAAUAUGCCAUAUGUCCUGAUCUUCGAAUUGACCUAUCUCGACUAGGAAGACAAGAAUUUGACCUGGAGAACAAAUUCAAACCAUUUAGAGUGGAGAUAGUGGACCCAGUGGAUAUUUAUCUCAAUCUCCUUCGGACCAUCUUUGACUUUAACGCCAUAAAGAGUUUGCUGACUGGGCCUGGUCAACUGAAGAUCCGAGUUGAUGCCAUGCAUGGAGUUAUGGGACCCUAUGUGAGAAAAGUCCUGUGUGAUGAGCUGGGAGCCCCAGCCAAUUCUGCAAUAAACUGUGUUCCCCUGGAAGAUUUUGGAGGGCAGCAUCCUGACCCAAACCUGACAUAUGCAACAACCCUUCUGGAAGCUAUGAAAGGAGGGGAAUAUGGAUUUGGUGCUGCAUUUGAUGCUGAUGGGGACCGUUAUAUGAUCCUAGGCCAAAAUGGCUUCUUUGUGAGCCCUUCCGACUCCCUGGCCAUCAUUGCUGCCAACCUCUCUUGCAUUCCAUAUUUCCGUCAGAUGGGGGUCCGAGGGUUUGGGAGGAGCAUGCCCACCAGCAUGGCCCUGGACAGAGUGGCCAAGUCAAUGAAGGUGCCUGUCUAUGAGACCCCAGCUGGAUGGCGAUUCUUCUCAAACCUGAUGGACUCGGGACGGUGCUCUCUGUGUGGAGAAGAGAGCUUUGGCACUGGCUCCGAUCACCUCCGGGAGAAAGAUGGCCUUUGGGCUGUCUUGGUCUGGCUCUCCAUUAUCGCUGCCCGGAAGCAGAGUGUGGAGGAAAUUGUCCGAGAUCACUGGGCCAAAUUUGGCCGCCACUACUAUUGCAGAAGUAGCAGAGAACAAAACAGGUUUGACUAUGAGGGGCUAGAGCCUAAGACGACAUAUUACAUCAUGAGAGACCUGGAGGCCCUGGUCACAGACAAGUCCUUCAUCGGCCAGCAGUUUGCCGUGGGAAGCCACGUCUACAGUGUGGUGAAGACAGACAGCUUUGAAUAUGUGGACCCUGUGGAUGGCACUGUGACCAAGAAACAGGGUCUGAGGAUCAUUUUCUCAGAUGCUUCACGGCUCAUCUUCCGGCUCAGUUCCUCCAGUGGCAUGCGGGCCACCAUCAGACUGUAUGCAGAGAGCUUCGAGAGGGAUCCCAGCGGCCAUGACCAGGAGCCACAGGCAGUGCUGAGCCCUCUCAUAGCCAUUGCGCUGAAAAUAUCCCAGAUCCAUGAGAGAACCGGCCGGCGGGGCCCCACGGUCAUCACCUGAAGGGAGGAAGAACCCUCACCAGGCCCGAAAGACAGCGCUCAGCGGAGACACUGCACCACGCCUUCUUGCUACCUGUGUGUGCCUCUUAGGACUUUGGGGACAAAAAGAAAAAGAUCUUUUGCUGGUGGGAGGUGGGGGUGGGUAUCUGGGGAAAGAAAAAAAUCUGUUUUGUUUGGGUUUGAGUCAGUUCCUCCAAAUGCAAUAGGGGCUUCAGUUGUCUGUUAAAGCUGCACUAUCCUUUGAUAUCUAUAGUUUAUCACACAGAGGAACCUCCCCUUUUAAGAAAGAAUAAAUAGGCUAGAAAACCGCUGGUCAUGACCUCUGGGCAUCAUUGGUGCCAGAUGAGAAAAGGUUCUGAAAUAAUGGAGUAGAGCGUAGUGGCAGAAUUGAGCUGACCCUAAGCUGUGAGUGCCCCUGGACGGACCUGAGAAGGCUCUCCGCAGCAUGGAGGAGUGUCUAGCUUUUCAUCCUAGGUCAGGUCUCCCACGGGGAAAGUUGUAGAACUCCUCCUAGCCCACCUUAUAUGACUGCCAACCACCUGGUGGCCUGCUUUCCCAUGCUCCCAUCUCCAAAGUCCCUGUGCCACCUUCUCUCACAUCUUCUAAAGCUUUCUAUAAAUCACAAUGGCACACUUUCCACAGAACACAUCAAAGGGUGUUUUUCUCUUUUAUUUUGUACGUACUAUUAUUUUGGCUAUUAAGCUGGCUGCAUUCCUUCAAAUUCAGCCAUUCAUUAUGCGGGUGGGAAGCAGUUUCUUGGCAGGACUCUGCAAAAGAAUGCUUACAUUUUUCGGGCCCUCCCUUGAUGAUAUUGCCUAGGUUGUUACAUGGGUUUAUUAUACUCAUUCCUCCUGGGAAGACAAACUAUCCCCAUGUCUGCUAUCUCUCUGACUUUCUCUCUGUUAUCUUAUCUCCUAAUCGGGGCUUAUUUUAAUGCAGUUGUUUGGACACAGUUCAGAUUUUACUUAUAAUGGCUGUAAAAGGAGACAGUGAAAUGCUGUGAAAGUAGGAAAUACAGGGGAUGCUGGAAGAAAACCUUACUGGUGGUACAGUUAUGGGCCUGAUGAGAUGGAGGGCAGAGUGGGGGUCCCCUGCUGGAAGGCAGAGGGUCACAACUGGCUUUCUUUGCCCAAGAAAAGGAUAUUGCAGCUCUAGCCGCCUCCGUCAGCACUCAGCCAGGGCACUAGGUGCAUGGGACCUGUUUGCAUAUGUUUUGCUUCCUUGGGAACGGCACUCUCACUUAUCGUGUCAUUUGCACAGAUGACGUGGUGUGCUUUGACUGUUAAGCAAUGUGUUAUUGCUGUAGUCAAGAUGAGUACAAGCAGAGAAACAUGCCCAAUAAGGUGUUUGUUUCCAUUUUCUAUCUAUGCUUCUGUCAGAAAUUUGCUAGGACUUUUAGUAUCCAAUAAAAAAGAAAUUACGUAUUUCAACCUGA